UCAUAGUCAUACCAUCCUCAGUAGACCCACACAACACAACACAACACACUCUGCUGCUGCAGCCGUUUGAUCCAACCAAUCCUACCAUGGAUCUGGUUUCCCACCUCCCCGAAAUCCUGGUGGCCGUAGCCGUGGUCGUGUUCAUCCAGCUAUGGCGGAUGGGCCAGCGAAAGCACCAGCCCAGCAACGUUGUCCCCGAAAUCCCCGGCGCCCUGCCUCUGGUGGGCCACCUCCACCUCCUGGGCGGCAACCAGACCCUCUCCCGCAAGCUGGCCUCCUUCUCCCGCAAAUACGGCGACGUCUUCAGCAUCCGCCUGGGCGCCAACUCCGCCGUCGUGGUGAGCGACUACGAGUCCAUGAAGGAGUGCUUCACCACCAACGACCGCAUCCUCUCCUUCCGCCCGGACUCCAGCCAGGCCAAAGUCCUCGGCUACAACUACGCCGCCUUCGGCUUCGCCUCCUACGGCACCUACUGGCGGGACAUGAAGAAGAUGCUCAUGACCGAGCUCCUCUCCGUCAACCGCAUCAAGGCCCUCCGCCACGUCCAGAUCUCCGAGGUCGACUUCCUCAUCGCCGACCUCUACCACCAGACCAAGGCCGGAUCGAUCCCCAUCACCGAGGCUCUCCAGGGGUACGUCCUCAACAUAAUCACCAGGAUGGUCGCCGGGAAGAGGUAUUUCGACAAGACCAACCACCACCAGGCCGUCUCCGGCGGGAGGCCCAUCGGCCAGGUGAUGAGGGAGUUCAUGCUCGUCACCGGAACCCUCGUCCCGUCCGAUUUGAUCCCUUUGCUCGGAUGGUUCGGCUUCCAAGGGGUGGUCAACACCAUGAAGCGGGUCUCCAAGGAGCUGGACGUCAUCAUGGAGAGCUGGAUCGACGAGCACAAGAAGAAGAAGAAGCAGCAGUUGGCCAAUCCCGACCUCAUCGACGUCAUGCUCAACGAAAUCAAGGACGAAGUCGCCUACGGUCACAAGCGUGAGGAUAUCAUCAAGGCCACCGCUAUGUCUCUGAUCGUGGCCGGCUCCGACACGACGUCGAUCACGCUGACGUGGAUCCUAUCCAACUUGCUAAACCACAAGCGAGUCAUGAAGCUGGCACAGGAAGAGAUCGACAGCAAAGUAGGUAGGGACCGGUGGGUGGACGAUUCGGACAUGGAGAAGCUGACGUAUCUGGGAGCUGUGAUCAAGGAGACGCUGCGAAUGUAUCCGCCGGGGCCUCUCUCCGUGCCUCGGGUGGCAUCCGAGGACAUCACGAUCAAAGGAUACCACGUCCCCAAAGGGACUCGUUUCUUUGCCAACUUCUGGAAGCUGCACAGGGAUCCCAAGGUCUGGUCCGACCCGGACCAAUACAAACCAGAGAGAUUCCUGACCGCUAACGCCAAUAUGGAGAUAUUCGGUCAGCAAUUCGAGUAUCUUCCGUUUGGGUCGGGGAGGAGGGGAUGCCUGGGGAUUAAUUUCGGGAUGCAAGUGACCCAAUUGACCUUGGCAAGGCUGCUUCAGGGGUUCCAUUGGGGUACCCCAAAUGAUAAACCAGUGGACAUGACGGAGGGACUGGGAAUCGCCCUUCCUAAGGCCAAUCCUCUUGAGGCCAUCCUAACCCCACGUUUUCCUCCCCAGUUUUAUCAAGUUUAGAUUAACCGCGCAACAAGAUCUUCGGUCUAAAUAGAUGUUAUGAGAGUAAUAAUGGUUGAGAUUUUGCAUGCUUUCAAUUUAUUUAUCUCUGUGUACGGGGUCAACUUAUUCUAUAUGUGAUGUCUAAUUAUAAUUUUUCUAUGUUCGGGAACU